CCGGCGCCGGAGGAGGAGGGGCCUCGGCCAGGCCGGAAGUGGAUCCGGAAGCCCCGAGAGGAGGAGGAGGAGGAAGAUGGAGCAGCAGCAGCAGCAGCAGCAACUGCGCGGCCUGCGCGACUUCCUGCUGGCCUACAACCAGAUGACGGAGCUCUGCUUCCAGCGCUGCGUCUCCAACCUGAACUACCGGGCGCUGACCGGCGAGGAGGAGAGCUGCCUGGACGGCUGCGCCGGGAAGCUGGUGCGCUCCAACCACCGCCUGAUGGCCGCCUACGUCCGCCUCAUGCCCUCGCUGGUCCAGCGCCGCAUCUCCGACUACGAGGCCGCCGCCCCGGAAGCGGCCCUCCCGCCCGCCGAGCCUCCCGCCGCCCUGCCGGCGCCCGGCGUGGUCAGCGCCUCCUGACGGCACCUGCGGGCUGCUUGGUCUCUCAGCGGCGCCCGACGGCAGGGCCCCGGGUGCUUCGGGGCUGCCGCUCCAGGGAGCCCCUCGCCGGGCGCUUGCCCUCAGAGAUGCCCCCCUCGAGGCUGGACUCCGGGGCGUGUGGGCAGCUGCUCCUUCUGGGGCCCGUCUCUCCAGGAGCAUCCCAGAGCACGGACAAUAAAGCCACUUUCCGGGACACCUUGUGCGUGGCGUGCUGUGCUGGCCAUCAGCGGGGCUUUCCUUUGGGAUUUCCCUGCUUGCCUGAGGCGGGGUGGCCUCAGCCAGUUCUGCUCCUUGACACUUCAGCUUGAGAGCAGAGCUGGAAGUAGUAGCAAGGCUUCCUUUGCAUUCAUUCACCUCCAGGUUCAGCACCUCCUAUUCCAAGUUCUGAUUUGACGUGGUGGGUGCUGAGCAGGGUGGGCCCCCAAGGAAAGGGUUUGCUGGGAAUUCUGCUGCUGUGGCCACCACAGCGUGGCUUGUGGGUGGGAUCCGGAUGGACUGCGCCACAUGAGCCCUGAACCCCUGAAGCAGGGAUGGUGCCGCUUCAUGUAGACCAAAUGCAGGUUGGUGCCUGUGGGGCCUUUGGAGAUGUGCCCCCCCCCCAGUUCCAUCAAGCAUUUGGCAAAAGAAAACAUGGAUCUCCAAGAGCAGAGCACACAAUGCAGGGCACAUGGAUGGGGGAAGGGCCUUGCUGCUCCUGCGCCAAAGGGUCUCGCAAGAAGGACCAUCGUAGCCCAAUAGCAGGGGAAAUGCUGUACAGAAGAUCCCAAGUUCAAUCCCUGCUGGCUCACAGAGACCUCUGCCGGGAACCCCUAAGAGCAGCUGCUUGUCAGUGGGGCUGGUACUACUACUAAAAAUAAUUUUAUUAUUUGUGCCCCACCCAUCUGACUGGGUUGCCCCAGCUACUCUGGGCAGCCUCCAGUCGAAUAGAAAAACACAGUGAGACAUUAAAUGUUAAAAACCUCCCAAUA